AUGGCUAGUCCGCGAUUGGUUUUUGUAAGGAUGUCAAACGGAGAAGAUUUUAUUAAAGGCUUCUCUCGGGAGGCUUAUGAAAUUGAUGGAGUCCAAUAUCGUGUGUUCCAGUGGUCGACCGAUUACGUUGAAGAUCAGGAACCGUCUGUGGUUCCGAUAUGGAUUUUCUUACCUGGACUGCCCCCGAAUUAUUAUCAUGAAUCGUUUUUAUGGAAUAUUACUUUACCUCUGGGUCAGUAUAUUCGACGGGAUAAUUGUACAUGUUGCGCUACGAAGACCGAUGGAGCACGAGUUUGCAUUAAAAUGGAUAUUUCUAAACCACCGAUGGAAGAGUUCUGGAUUGGUGUUUCUAAUCAGCAGUUGAGCUGGGUACAACAGGAAAGGAAGGAGAAACAACUGGAUGGAGGGGCUGGAAGCAGUAAAGAGGUGGGACUGAUUGUUGUGAAGCCGAAUUCAGAGCCUCUGAAGGAGAAUGAUAAUAAGUUGGUAGAGGGGGAUAAUAACACACAUCAGGUUUCAGUCGGGGGAGAGAAACAGUUUGUGGUGUCUGAUGGAGAGGGACAGGCAGAACAGGAUGGAAAGGAGGAGGGUGAACUGGACGUAGUGCGUGAGGCUGGAGGAGAGGACUGGGAUGAUAUGGGAGUAGAAGUGCAAUUGGAGGGGGAGGAUUUUCACUUGAGGCAAGCAGGGGAACAUGUGAAUAAGGAUGUGGUGGAGGAUGGGGAACUGGUUAUUGAGUUGCGUGGGCAGUCUGAUUCUGAAUUGUACACGGGGAUUGAUAAUCUCGCUAAAGGAAAAGCAUGCAGCUCGGAUUCUGAAAACGUGAGUCCAAAGUCUGUCAAAUGA